AUGGCCCGUACCAAGCAGACCGCCCGCAAGUCCACCGGCGGCAAGGCCCCCAGGAAGCAGCUCGCCACCAAGGCGGCGAGGAAGUCGGCCCCGACCACCGGCGGCGUGAAGAAGCCCCACCGCUACAGGCCAGGCACGGUGGCGCUGCGCGAGAUCCGCAAGUACCAGAAGAGCACGGAGCUGCUCAUCCGCAAGCUGCCCUUCCAGCGCCUGGUGCGCGAGAUCGCGCAGGACUUCAAGACGGACCUGCGGUUCCAGAGCCACGCCGUGCUGGCGCUCCAGGAGGCGGCGGAGGCGUACCUCGUCGGCCUCUUCGAGGACACCAACCUCUGCGCCAUCCACGCCAAGCGCGUCACCAUCAUGCCCAAGGACAUCCAGCUCGCCCGCCGCAUCCGUGGCGAACGCGCCUAGGCCGGUGAUGCCCCCGUCGCGGUCGGUGCCAGCGAUUCCGUAGUUGGUUCCCUUCUGGAUUUAGAUCUUGUUAGGUCGUGUUAGGAAGGUUUUAUCUCGUUGUAAAGACCUGGAUGUUUUACCAUAGUUACAGGAAACCGCUUCUCUGUUUCCGCUGAAUUCAUAUGAAUGCUAUUUACAGUUAUCGAUA